AUAAUUGACAUUAUUAUUGUGUUAUGAGUUUAAUGUGGUCAAAUUCGGUCCCCUGUUGUAUUUUACACAGUAAUAACGUUUUAUUGUGGAGUAAUGCAUGAUGAAAUGCUGAUGCAACGUGAAUCAGAUGUGACAACAUUUACAAGUAUACAGUUACGGUUGCCUUCCCUUUUGAGCUCUUUUGCUAAAUAUCAUCAGCACCCUGAAGAACUACUCUGCAUAAUCUGUAUAUACAGAGUACAUCACCCUUUGCCAUGCCUGUGAUGCCACCGAAAAAGCAGCAGAAUGCUGGUGGUGGAGGCAAAGCCAAGGCACGCAGGCCACGGAGCUACGGGGAAAGAGAUUCUGAGGAGUACAAAGAAAAGCGAGAAAGAAACAACGUAGCUGUGAAAAAAAGCAGAGAAAAGAGUCGCCAAAAGUCCAAGGAGACUCAGGAGAAAGUUUCGGGACUGCGGGCAGAGAACAAGCUGUUAGAGGACAGAGUAGAGGUGCUUCAGCAAGAACUGAAUGUUUUGAAAGACUUGUUCAUGGCACAUUCAGGAACGGCGUCAACAGCACCAGCUACAGCUAAUCUGGAGACAGUGAACAAGGACCACGGAUACACGGCAUCCACUCCACCUUCGUCCUGAGGUUUUAAUUUCAACAUUCAGUUCCAUUAUAAGAUCACUGCCCAGGUGUCAUUCGUGUUACCAAAGUUUCCUUCAGUGGAAUUGAUGCACAUCGCUCUUCGUUCAGCUCAUCAUUUGUGACAUUUGUGGAUAUAACUGACAGUGAGCACUUUCAUCUAUUCUGGGGAUAAUGCAUUCUGAACUUUUUACCCAUUAUACUAAAAAAAGUAUGUGCAUGUGACAGAAAGAGCAGGCCAAGAGAAAAAAAUGAAUGAUAAGUGAAUUCAUGAAUUGGUAAAAUGAAUGAACGGAGUCAGUUUUUAAAGAGAACUGUUUUGUCCAAGAGUUAGUGCCAUUGGUUUGCAUUAAUAUUACUUUUGCUGUAGCUACAGCCAGAAGUAUCAGGAAUCUUGAGCCAGAUCUGAACUUUGUAGCCAGAGUACUAGAAAAGAUGAACUGGCAAAACUUCUGAUCUGAUUCAUUAGAUCUUUAUGAUUUCUUGAGGCAAAAUUAAAUGAGAUUAGAUCAAC